AUGAGUUCCUACCAGCAGAAGCAGCCCUACACCCCACCCCCCCAGCUGGAGCAGCAUCAGGUGAAACAGCCCUGCCAGCCUCCUCCUCAAGAACCGUGUGUUCCCACAACCAAGCAGCCAUGUGUCACCGGGGGGUCACACCCUUGCAACACCAAGGCUCCAGAGCCCUGCAACCCCACACAUCCUGAGCCAAGCCAUCCUACAUUUCCUGUGCAGGGCCACUCCAAGGUCCCUGAGCCUGGUCACCAUCAGGUGACUCAACCGAUCUACCCUCCAGUGCUUCAGCCUGGCCACACCAAGCUCCCUCAGCAUGACCACACCAAGCUCCCUCAGCAUGACCACACCAAGGUCCCUCAGCAUGACCACACCAAGUUUCCAGAGCCAUGUAACUCUACGGUCACUCCAGGCCCAGGCCAGCAGAAGACCAAGCAGAAAUAA